GUAGCCCCAAAAUGAAUAAAAAGAUCCUGCGUUUCCCCACCCACGAAAAAUCCCCCUUUGGCCGUCCCCGCUCCCAGGCUGAUUUGAUGAAGUCAUCGCCAGAACGCCGACAUGUACAGCGUCAUGGGGGAAAGAUGGCUGACACGAUUGAAAUUGAAAAGAAAAUCGCUCUGGCACUCAUAAUGAAACUAUGUUUAUUUUCCAUUGAAAAGAAUCGCAUCGCUGCUUUGCUCCUAGUCAGCGUCAACAGGCGCAGUCCAAUUUUGCUUUUGCGUUACGUUGUCUCCCUGGUAGCGCGCCCUCAAUGCUUAGAACUCAUUUAAUCAGGGCAGGUGGCUCAUGAAUUAUUCAAAGUUCGAGUUCGUUACAAGUAUAGAAAUCCAUGCUAACUUCAGUAUUAUAUUUAAGGUGGUUAACGUUUAAAGAAAUUUAGCAGAGAGAUUCAUUUCCUUGCUUAGUAGAUAAUUAUUUUGUCUUGCGGUUAGGCAUGCUAAGUACCCGGCAAUGUCAAAUAAUUAGGUCAAACUCAUUGUCGUCACAAGAUGAAUAUUCAUUAUCACAUCUUCUAAGCUCAACGAUGGCGAAGCGGUAGCACACGCCCGGUCCUUGUGCCGAUUUUAGCACUUUCUUUGCCAACUUAACGGCGAUGUUUUGCCUCUUCCGACCGCCAGACACGCUAGUGUAUACAUGGACACCAUGUUUAGAGGGGACAUGCAGCACGUGGGGCCUUACAAACUGGAGAAAACCCUCGGAAAAGGGCAAACAGGACUGGUGAAGCUAGGUGUGCAUUGUGUCACGGGUAAGAAGGUUGCCGUCAAGAUCAUCAACAAGGAAAAGCUGAGCGAGUCAGUCUUAAUGAAGGUCGAAAGGGAAAUUGCAAUAAUGAAGUUGAUCGAACAUCCUCACGUGCUGGGCCUCUACGAUGUCUACGAAAACAGAAAGUACCUAUAUCUCGUGCUAGAGCAUGUCUCGGGCGGAGAGCUCUUCGACUACCUGGUCAAGAAGGGCCGACUGACGCCGCGGGAGGCCAGGAAGUUCUUCCGACAAAUUAUCUCGGCCAUCGACUUCUGCCACUGCCACUCGAUAUGUCACAGGGAUCUGAAGCCGGAAAACCUCUUACUGGACGAGAAGAACAACAUCAGGGUCGCCGACUUUGGCAUGGCCUCUUUGCAACUGGACCAGUCGCUGCUGGAGACCAGCUGUGGGUCGCCGCACUAUGCAUGCCCCGAGGUCAUCAGGGGGGAGAAGUAUGAUGGCAGGAAGGCGGAUGUUUGGAGUGCAGGGGUUAUACUCUACGCUCUGCUCGUUGGAGCGUUACCGUUUGAUGACGAUAAUCUCAGGAAUCUCUUAGAGAAAGUCAAGAGGGGGGUGUUCCACAUCCCCCACUUUGUCCCGCCCGACUGUCAGAAUCUGUUACGCGGGAUGGUGGAGACGCAAGCAGAGAGGCGGCUCACGAUAUCACAAAUACAACGGCAUCCGUGGUUCUUAAUUGGUUCAAAGAACGACAAUCAUGAAACAGAACUGCCGAGAAAAACCUCAGUCAAGAUACCAGUACUAAUGAGCGAAGACGAUAUUGACCCUGAUGUCCUCAGGAGCAUGGGGUCGUUAGGCUGCUUCAAAGACCGAGAUAAACUCAUCAGGAAUCUACUCAGCCAACACCACAACUCAGAGAAGGUAAUUUACUCGUUGCUGCUGGACCGAAAGCAGAGGAAGCCAAGUUUUGAAGACGACAGUGAGGUGACAUCAAGAUCACGCUCAGAUUCAGCUGACCCUCCCAGGAAGCGGGUCGACUCCUACCGGAGACGCUCCUCAGAGAGGAAAACCCUAGACCCCCCAGGCGAUUUGUCUGUGUCCCCAGCCAGGAGGGCCCUACAGGCAUACAACUAUGGCGGGAGCAGGAGUGUGACCAACAGCCCCCUGCCCUCCCCCCAGCACAGCCCCCGCCACCCCAGCAGCGCCAUGAUGCCCAUCCCCAACAGCCCCGCCCAUGCCACGCCCCCCGGUAGCCCCACUAGCGGCCCCCAUCCCCCACACCUGCAGCAGCAGCAACAGCAGCUGCAGCAGCCACAGCCACCCCAGCAGCAGUCAUUGUGGCGGGCGCGUCUCAACAGCCUCAAGAACAGCAUCCUGGGGUCGCCGCGGUUCCACCGGCGGAAGAUGAUGCAGCCCACGGACUCGGAGGAGAGCACACUGACGCCAGACAGCUCGCCAGAAAUGUCUAAGAAGUCGUGGUUCAGCAGUCUGGUCACCAGCGAACGCAGCGAGGACGAGCUGUCCAUGGCUAUCAGAGAUCGGACCUUCAGCUCUGUCAAGGCAGACCUCGUACAAGCUCUGCUGUCAAUUCACGAUCUGAGUCAUAGUGUGCUUUCGCCACAUGCCUUCAAGGCAGAGCUGAAGCGGGGCGGGAGCAGCGCCGUCUUUGCUAAGCCGAUGAAGUUUCACGUGGAGAUACUCAACUCGGAUGGCGACACGGGGAAGGAAAACCCCGUCCUUGUGGUGCACUUCACCCUGAUAUCAGGUCCUUCCAGACGGUUCAAACGUUUGGUGGAAGACAUCCAGUCCCACAUGACCACCUCCCGAGGACACUCGGAGUCCUCACUUCGCACGCUCCACUCAUCGGCCAACCACUCUGUGGCCAGUCCGGACCCUAUUGGCUCCCCGUUGACCCAGUCCUUCAGCGAGGACAAUGCCGACGAGGUCUUCACAGAUUGUGUGGCAACCACGUCUUCGGAUGGGCCUUUACGAGGAGAUCGGAAGAGCCGGGCUAUCAGUGACGUGACCAACGGUAAUGCAUCUUUUAACUGACAGACCCUUCCCAAUAAAGGUUAACAUUUAGCAUGCAGGGUGAAAAGAUAUUGGACAUCGGGUACAGGUCUAGGUUUAUUAAGUCAGAUUUUCCAUGUGGAAACAGUUUUGGUAUCGGCAAAUAUGGCUGGCAGGGAAAAUGAUAUCAGACACAGGGCUAAGAUCUCAGAAGUAAUGGAAGAAUAUUUCUUCAGUGAAAUAAACCUCUGAGUUUGAAGAUAAUUAUAUUUUGAUUCAAAGAUCAGCAAGGACAGCGCUAUGUACUUUGACAUUUCACAAUAACCGUUCGUGAUUGGAAAGGUUUGCCCAUCUCAUUUGGAAAGUGCCAAAUCGGAAGGAGAAUUGGGGGUUUUUCAGUUUUGAAUCUGGAAUAUGUAACGGCUGUUGUGGUCUUGUGAGAAGGAGCUCCUUGUUUGGUAUGAGUAGACCUUAUUUAGGAGGAAGCUAUUUUCAGUCUUGUUCCUUGAGUCGUUUUUAUGAAUUGCGGACUGUUAUGGGAUGGUGCCAGACUGUUUUAUGACUGGUUUGUUUUCCAAGCCCCCUUUCAAUGUGUUUGAAAAUCUGGCUCAAAAAUGCUUCGUUCAAUCACAGAUGUUAACUGUUUCAUCAGAGCAGACAAGGACUGGUACAAAUUUGUCGAGAAAUGUCGUCCUAUUGCUUUCAUAUCUACUCUCAAGUUCCCCAAAUGACAAGUUUACCUCACUUUCAAUUUCAAGCUGACUCAUGAAUAAAGUCUAGUGGGCAAGAAGUGCAAGGAGGGGAGAGCAAGUGGGGGAGGGGCAAAGCGGAGGAUGGGGGGUGGUUGGUUUUUAAAAGCCACUUGUUUCAUCCCAUCAUCACCACCCCAAAGAGCUAAAGAUGAUGGGCUAGAAGAUGGGUAUGCUUAACCACUACCAGCCGGGGACUCCGAAAUCGGAGCCGUAUGGUUUAUAUGUGUGGCUUGGGUCUCCGAACUCGGA